GCUAAAUCUCCCUAGUCUAGGGCUGUGAUCCGGCUGGUCCAAAAUAAGCUUAAAGUACCAGUUUCGCAACUCAAAUCGUCAUAACCUUAUCACAUCCACGUCCUAUCCGGAACCUGCCCUUUGCACAAAGAAUGAGAUUAAAUUCAUUCCGCCGAAACCCAAUUCUUCUCCCCUCACCUGGGCCUUUCAUCGAGGAGGGCCGCCACAUUUUUGACAACAUUCAGAAAUUCGUUCUGCACGUGCUGGCGGAGAACAUCGCACAGGCAGGCACUCUGCUGAUCGGUCUUGUCUUCAAGGACACGUCCGGCCUGUCUGUGUUCCCGCUCGCGCCCGUUGAGAUCGUCUGGAUCAUCAUGAUCCACUUCCGGCCUGCCCGACAUGGGUCUCGGUUUUGAGCGCGCCGUACCGGACAUUAUGCGGCGCCCACCCCAAUCCCUCAAGACGGGCAUCUUUACGUUCGAGUUCAUCGUCGACAUGGUCGUCUAUGGGCUGUGGAUCACCACACUUUGCCUCGCCUCGUUCGUCCUGCGCGUCUACGCUUUCGGCUACGGCUCCCUCGGCGACGCUUGCAACGACCGCUACUCCCCAGCCUGUGAAACCGUCUUCCGCGCGCGCGCCACUACGUUCGCAUGUCUAACCUGGUUCGCCCUUUUCCUUGCGUGGGAGCUUGUCGACGUGCGCCGCCCCUUCUUCCGCAUGCAGCCUGGUUCCAAGGCGUAUUUUACGCAGUGGAUUCGAGACGUGUGGCGGAACCAGUUUCUGUUCUGGGCCAUCAUUGGCGGCUUCGUCACGCUCUUCCCGACGCUGUAAAUUCCCGUUGUGAACCAUAAGGUCUUUAAACACACGGGCAUCUCGUGGGAGUGGGGCAUCGUGUUCGUCGCGGCUGGCCUAUUCUUCGGCGGCGUCGAGGCAUGGAAGUGGGGUAAGCGGGUGUACUUUCGCCGUGCCGCCGUGGGGAAGACUGGG